GCCAAGCGCUCCUGCUGCGAGUCCGUGACGAGCGAGCCGCAAGGUUCGUUCUCUGGGGAAAGGCUCAGAUUUGGAUCCUGCUAUCAGAGAAGUGGGUGAGAAGAAACUCAGCUUUUUCAGUCAAGACAUGGCAACAUAACCCCUAAUUUCCAUGUCAGGGAACUGCAAAAGGCUUGCUUCCUUUGGAAAUGAAGAGGUUAUUAGGUUUCUGCAAGCUACUGGAGAGCUGAUCAAGAUUUUAAGCUAAAGAUGGUGAUGAUGAGUCACCUGAGGGCCAUUCUUCAAGCCUCUCCAUGCAAGACACUGUGGAGAAGGUUCCAGAUUCCGAGGUCCAUGCCUGCAAGGCCUUGCAGCCUCUACACCUGCACUUACAAAUCCCGGAACCGAGUCCUGCACCCGCUCUGGGAGAAAGUGGACCUGGCCCCGGCGGGUGAGCGCCAGUCGCCCAUCAACAUCCGGUGGAAGGACAGUGUCUACGAUCCUGGCUUACAACCGCUCACCAUCUCUUAUGACCCGACCACGUGCCUCCACGUCUGGAAUAACGGGUACUCUUUCCUCGUGGAAUUUGAAGAUUCUGCAGAUAAAUCAGUGAUCGAGGGAGGACCCCUGGAACACAACUACCGAUUAAAGCAGUUCCAUUUUCACUGGGGGGCCAUUGAUGCCUGGGGCUCUGAGCAUACCGUGGACAGCAAAUGUUACCCAGCAGAGCUGCACUUGGUGCAUUGGAAUGCAGUCAAGUUUGAACACUUUGAGGAUGCAGCACUGGAAGAAAAUGGUUUGGCUGUGAUAGGAGUAUUUUUAAAGCUAGGCAAGCAUCACAAAGAGCUACAGAAACUGGUGAAUAUUUUGCCAUCAAUUAAGCACAAGGACACACUUGCAGAAUUUGGGUCAUUCGACCCUUCCUGUCUGAUGCCUACUUGCCCAGAUUACUGGACCUACUCGGGGUCCCUGACUACACCGCCACUCUCUGAGUCUGUCACUUGGAUCAUUAAGAAGCAGCCUGUAGAGGUUGAUCAUGAUCAGCUUGAGCAAUUUCGAACCCUGCUCUUCACUUCCGAGGGGGAGAAAGAGAAAAAAAUGGUGGAUAACUUCCGCCCCCUUCAGCCCCUAAUGAACCGCACUGUCCGCUCAUCCUUCCGUCAUGACUAUGUGCUGAACAUACAAGCAAAACCCAAGCCUUCCACCAGCCAAGUGACUCCCUAAGAUGCCAUUAUCUAGGUAGUUAUCUUGCUUAAAUAUAUACUACUUCUUUAAAUAUUGUCAACUAGACUCUUCUAAAUGCCUGCAGUUAAUAAUUAUAAACGAGCCUUUCUUCGUAUGGCAGUGUUCCUUAGUCUUUGAGGGAAGCUCUUUAGUAAACAAAUUUUUACUUUUAUUGCUACUGAUGUUUAUCACUGAAGUACCAGUAAGAGAUACAAGUUUCUCUUAUAGCAACCUGUUGGUAGCUGUAAUAUCUUUUUACAUGCAACAUUUUUGAGCUGUCUUUUUACAUUUAUCAGUUGGUGAUUCUAUAGAGUUAUAAGUAGGGAUGAGAAUCAAAAGAUUUAACAACUGGUAAGGCACAGACACUGACCAUCCAGAAUGCAGGGUUUUCAGAAACAGCCACAGGACCCAGACUGGCACUUCUUGGUUGAACAUUGACUAUGUUUUAGGUAUAUCUGAUUUUAAAACAUGACUGUGUGUUCUUUUAUAAGGCCUUCUCAGUGGGUAUAUGUGCCUCAACACUUAGUUGUCAUCACUAACACAUGAUAUGAUUACUUACUAUCAAUUAAUAAUAUAGAAAAAAUAUUUUGUAAUCCUAAAAACACAAGUGUAUACUUAUAUCUGGAAAUUCUUUUGUAUUUCUGAAAGCCAGAUGUUCUACUUAAAGGCUUGAUCAUAUAGAAAGCAUAUGCAUUCUGAGGAAAAUAUAACCACAAAUAUGUUCAUCUCAAAAAAAAAAGAAAAAGGAAAGCAUAUGCAGAAUAUUUUAAAGAAAAUGCUUUGAGUGCCUAGAACUUAAAAUGCUUUCAUGAUCUAUUUUACAGAAAUAUUUUUCAAAAGACUAGUAAUACAAUAGUCUAUGGUUUACAGUAUUAUUUUGCAUUGUAUGUACACUGAUUCAUAGAAUGAAUACAAUAAUAUUUUCCACAAUGAAAAAACUAUCUUGACUUCCUUUUAAAACUAUCUGAACUGUAUUUUAUUUCAUUAGUUGAGGUUCUGUGCAAGGUAAGAGAUAACAUAAAUGUCCUAAUUUAUACAGUGGUUUAGAAGACUUUUGCUAUAAUAAGAAGGAAAGAAACUCAUCAGAUAGAUAAAACCUAGAUAAUUCUAUAUACUGUGAGGAAUCCAAUCCAGAGUCACCCUUGCUUGUAAAUAUGUGGAAUGUUUCUAAUUGCCUAUAAGCCUGUAUUCAAACUCAAUACUGCAUUUACUAGUAUAUUUGUUUCAUUAGUAUGCUAGUCAUCUGAUCUGUAAGAUAAGGUUGGAUGAAUAUACUUAACACUACUGAACUAUACAAUGAAAAAGGUUAAGAUGGUAAAUUUCAUUUUAAUGUGUAUUUUACCACAAGUAAAAGUAACUAAUAAAUUCAGUAGGGGAAAAAAUAGGGUUGGAGUUGUAUGUUUAAGUUUAGGGGCAUAUCUCUGCUCUUAAAAAAGGAAGAGGGUGAAGGCAUUGCUUCUACAGUGCAUGCUUUCUCUGGAAAAUGGAAGCAUACAUGCUCUAGGAAAUGAAUAAAAUUCUUUACAAGAUUAA